AUGACAAUUUUUCAAGUGUCAUUAUUGCUAAUUGUUGCUGUUCAGCUAAUGUGCGCGAAUUUUAUUUCUGGAAAUGAAACCACGGAGUACACAACUACCAAUGGCAACGAAGAUCUGAAGUUGUCUGAAAAUGGCACUUCUGGUAAACAUGAAUCCUUGCUAAAUUGUCCUUCUUUCGACUUAAAUGAGGAUGAUUACGUUUUAUUUCCAAACGGAACAGCAUUUGUUGAAGCUUAUAACAAAACCUACAACGAAUCUUUCUACAUUCUUCGAAAUGGAGUUCUAACAAUAUGUGUUCCGGACUUUUUCGAAGAAGAUAUAGAUAUUUCGAGAGAAUACCUUGACAACCUUUCAAUACUUACCCAAAUUGGAUUGGGAAUUUCCAUGGUGUGCUUGCUGCUUCAUCUCGUUGUCUUUUGUCUAGUCUCUGAACUGAGGAACCUUCCUGGUUACAACUUGGCAUCGUUAUGUUUGUCUCUGUUACUAGGUUACGUAUUUUUUAUCAUUGCCAACAGCACAAAAGUUCGAGAACUGAAACCAUUUUGUACUGCAGCAGCGACGAUUACACACUUUUUCCUUUUAGCUUCUUUUGUUUGGAUGUCUAUCAUGGCAUUCGACGUCUACAAAUCUCUGCUGCAUGCUACUGGUAGUUUAAGAGUGACUAGUGCACAUUUUAAGCUUAAAAAGUUUACCUUUUACAGCCUGUUGGCUUGGGGGAUUGCUAUUUGUUUUGCCGCUGCUGCUCUCAUUACUGACAACGUGGAAGGCGUUCCUGAUAUUUACAGACCAUUUUUUGAGAAAUCUUGCUGGUUUGAACACCGCAAGGCUUUGCUGGUGUUUUUCGCCGGACCAGUAUUUGCGAUGAUUUGCUUAAACUUCACCUUUUUCGGACUUAGUGCCUAUACCAUUUUCCACAACAGGAUGAAAAAGGAUCAAGACAGUCAAAGAUCUGUCUUGAAGAAGAACUACCUAAUGUACUUCAGACUGGCUGUUAUUAUGGGUGUCACUUGGAUAACUGGUGUGCUAGCGCCCGUGGUCAACUCCGAGUGGUUGUGGUACCUAUUUGCAAUUUUAAAUACGCUUCAAGGUCUUUUCAUAUUUCUUGCCUUUACUUGCUCUGGAAAAGUAAAAAAAUAUUUCCGAUCAAAACUUGGUGCAAGACGGCCAUCAGAACAGACGUUAUCUCCCACGUUUCAGUCCUACUGUUUUUAUGCUAACUCUAUAGAAAAAGAUUUAAAUAAGGUGGUUGAUACCAAUAAAGACAAGUCUGAUACUAUUAUGAUACAUUUAUAA